AUGUGGACAUCCAAUACCGCCCAAGGAGGACCGGGUGAGAGCAUUCACCAUCAUUCCGCCGUUGCUUUAGCACCGACGGGCACGUCCGGCCUGCGGGCGUCAUCCACUCACAUCUUGCCGUGGCUCAAGCGGGCCGUCAUCCGAUCGUUCCUUGGCUUCAUCACGCCUUGCGUGACCCCUCUGGCGUUCACUGUAAAGCAGCAUUCGGCGGAGGAGACCACGUUGGAACUGCACCCGAGAUUGCAUGUGCCACAAAAGCGCCCUCCACAAGGUAGACCACGCCAUGAACAGCCGGAGGACGAGGUGCUCUCGGGAUCGUGCAUCGAACUUCAGGGAAAGUGCAACGCUGUCCUCCGGAUUGCGUCGACCCUGAAAAAAGAUCACGAACAACCUGCUCCUCGUGCAAAAGAGCAGCUUGCCCAAACUCUCUGCUCGCCGCCGCCGCCUCCCCCAAGCCCCGUACGUUCCCAUAUUCAAGGUACCGACCACCACACCCUCCUUCAGCUCCCACCGCCGGCGGCUCUGGCCGUGCGUGUCAGCGGCCUUGCGCUCUGGUUGCCCAAGCCUCUGUUGCGGUGCCCAGGUGCCACCAGUCUGGGGCAGCCGGAAAUCCCGUCCUCUCGCUUACACACACCGACCUCCCCCUCUCCCUUGCAUCAUCCCCUUGGACCUGGCCUCCGCCCGCGGCCGCCGUCGGCCUCGCUGUGCUCCGCCUGCCAAGUCGGCCGGUGA